CACCGAAUCAAGUGAAUCAGUCAGCUUUCAAAGUUGGUGGUGUGCGCUACAUCGUUUUGGGAUAUUCGUCGGGCGCAGCAGCAAUCGUGAUGACAAUUGCCGCCGGCAGCCGGUAUCAGUCAGGUUUGACAUUGCGCGCAAACAGCUGAGUUUUUGGAUAGGAAGUGUGUCUCCCGUCGGACGGACGAUAGUGAUUAAUCAUUUUUGUUUUUGUUCCGUGAACAUCGGGCGGAUAAGCGAAUGUGGGUGGUCAGCAGGCGUUCCGGGCACCUACACAGAAAUUCACAAUUAAACUUCUCACUGGAUGGAUUAUGGCUCCCGGUGGCACUCGUGUCAAUAUAGUAGUGAAGAAGACUGUUGCGCUGUGACCUUUUCGUGAAUCACACGUGUUCUGUGCGCGUCUGAGAACGAACCAAGCAGGAAGGCGGAGCGAGUGAGUGUCUCUGCGCACGCCGGAGAGUGAAGUGACGCUGCGCGGCGGUGUUAUAUUUACGAGUUGAAAUAUUUAUAAUGACAAUUAUUACUGCCCGUAACGAAUAUGGAUUAAGUUGUGUUCUGGCCGACAAGUUCAGAAUUCACAGCGGUGGAGUGUUUGUGUAUUUCAAACGUACAUAGGAAGGAGGAAAAAAGCUUCGAAUGAAGAAGAAAACAAAUAGUGAACAACUGAGCGAGUUUUGUGAAUGUUUGUGCCAGUGUGUCUAUUUACUCGCGAGUUGUGUGAUGGAAGAGUAAAAAAAAACAGCACGGUGACAUUUUGACUUCAGUCACUUGAAAUGUCAAACCAUUUAUAAGUUUAAAUGUUACAUCGUUUGGCUUUCGUUGAAUUAGCUGAGUGGCCUACUGCGGUUGGUAGUGUGUUGUGUGCUGUGUUGUGUUUUAUACCAACCCAGACAACAGUGAUGACGGUGAUGAUGAUGGCACUUCAAGUGUCAGGUACUCUGAGCUAAUGAGAACAGUGCACUACUUGGAGGAAACGCGACGGUUGGAGGUUGAAAUUAAUAUCUGUAGAUCUUUGAUUGAAUGAUCGACCGACACGAAAAAGUACGGGAGCUGACGCACCACCAGUGACAUAUCCGACGUUGAAGGGCAGUACCAAAUAACAACAGAACACCAGCAAUCAGUAGAACAAAUUCUAGUGGCUUAGUGAUAAAAUUGUUAAUUGCUUUCCAUAAUCAAUCUGGACUGCUGUAUAAUUGAGCCGGUGCAAUUGGAAAAUGUUAUAUUUCUUCAAUGUACAGUUCGUGACAGGACAAUUUUUAAGAAUUCACGCGAUUCCAGUGCUAACACGUACUGCCUCCGAAACUAGGAAAAUCUUUGCCUGCGUGUGAACUGAAUGAACUACGACGAUAAAUGUGUGUCUAUUCAAAUACUGAUAAGAGUUUCACCUUCUCGGUGUCACAAGCUUACUUCUGCUAUCGAAUAGGGCUCCGUGUAAGUUCGUUAGUGUGCCCUCGGAUGCUAACGCUGUUCCUGUCGUUCUACUGGAACAAGUAGCGACAUCCGUAAACUAUUCCGCAGUGGAAGCCCGAAGUCACGUACCUGUUUAGUGGCAACCAUCGAUUUCAGUGUAGAACCUUGCCGUGUGUGUAUAUGUUAGUGAAAGGGUACAAGGUCCUUAUCACGUUGGUACAAUCGGUUAUCACUUCUGCUUCUGGUACUUAUUAAGUGAGGGGAAAUUUGCACGUUUGAAGCCUGCGAACCCACAAGGAAGGAACACAAAGAAAGAGAGACUUUACGGAUGACCGCCGCUGUCGGUAGGCCGAUUCGCGAACAGUUCCGAUGAGAUCAUGAGGGAAGUGAACUCAUCGGAAACGUCGGUAGUAUGGCCAGCUUGGUGUUAUUCAGGAGAAACGGUUAAUGAAGAUUUACCACAAGCAACCUCCGUGGCAGCACGAUCGCCUUCAUUGGCUUUACCUCAACAGCAGCAGCAGCAGCAGCAGCAGCAACAACAGCAGCAACGGUUUCAACUCCAGCAGCAAUCGUCAUCAAAUCAAUCACAGUCAUCAUCGGCGUCCUCGUCGCCAUCGUCAGCACAUUCGACCCAAGGUGCUGCUGGUAAGACGCUGCUCUCUGCAAAUCGUGGCAAAAGAAAAUCAAUCACUUCAACCUCUGCCGGGACACCGUCGUCGUCGCCAUCGCAAUCAGCUCUGACGGCCGCAUUGGGUGCAAGUUCAGUGGCAGCGCUGGCGACGGCAGCGGCAGCAGCCGCGGCGGCGGCUUUUCAAGCCUCGCCAAGAAGAUCCACUCCUCCCACCGGUGGAUCCCUGCAGCUGGCUCUGCCGGAAAACGGAAACGGCUGCCGAAGUUCGCCGUCGCAUCACGCUUCCCUCCAUGGCGAUGAUGGUCAUUAUUCGGCGCUAAAUAACAACAACAACAACAAUAAUAAUAAUAACAGCAGUAGUAGUAACUUCAACAGCCAAGUGGCGGCUUUGCAAUCGUUUGACAAAAUGUUGAGCGAGCGAAUCUACGAUCGAAAAAAGUAUCUCAACUCUCCGACGGGGAGUGCUGCGGCGGCGGCAGCAGCAGCAGCAGCGGCUGCAAGUUCAUUCUACGAAAAGUUCCGAAACGGAGCGGCUGCUGCAGUGGCCGCCUCUGCCGGUGAGGUGCAAUUAAACCUAAUCAAGAACGGCCAAUCGCCGCUGGCCGCCAGUGAUCUUAGUGCAAUCAGUGGCAGUACUAACGGUAGUGGGUUAGUGGCCGCCAAUGGCGAAAUCGGCGGUAGUGUGGGGGGCUCUGUGCUCGAUGGCAGUGGCAAUAGUUUGAGUAAUAGUACCAACCAAAUCAGUAAUAGUAAUAUAAAUAAUAAUAAUCAUAAUAACAGUAGCAUCAUCAACACGAGCAGUAGCAGCAGCACCGGCAGCACCAACAAUAGCAAUAACAAUAGUAUUAAGAGCGAGCGGUUCAGCCCGAACAACAACGACGUGCAAUCGACAGCUUCCAGAUCGCGAAGUGUGACACCUUCGUCGUUUUCCGGUACCCCGCCGCAGACAAUGCACGGCACCGAUGUUGCCUUUCCUAGCAGUAUUCCGACCAGUGGAUUGCUACCGUCCCCCAACUCGGCGAUGUCCGUUGCGGGCGGUGGCCGACCUGAAUUUCAGGCCCGCAACUAUUCCGAUUUCAUGCGCAGUCUGGCCGCCAAGUACAAUAACAAUAAUAACAACAUUAGCGGCAGUGGCAGCGGCGACCAAUCGAGUGUAAAAAAUCCCUUUCUAGAGCCAAAAAUGCGAAUAAAUCAACCAAAAUCGUUCAUAGAAAAUUCCCUAGUAUGCAAUAAGAAAAGCAGUCCAAUUACCUCCGCUCAAGUACCUAAUGCAAGUAUUAUGUCUUCGCUGUUUCCGGGCCUUCCAUUUCAGUCGGCGGUGUUUCCUCCGCUGAUUGACAUGAGCAGCACUCAGGCACUGGUCGCACUGGCUCGCGCCGCCAAAGAAUCGGGCAUCCAAAAUCUCCUCAAGCCGGAAGACGGUGGGCUGAAAAAGCUGUCGGCUGCUUCGCGAGGUUCGUCGCCACCGCCACGUUCCUCAAUGACAAGCCAAUUCCCAUCGCCUUUCCCACCAAGAUACCUACCGGGUCUAUUGCCAAAUCAUUUGGCUGCCAGCUAUCCAGCUCAACCACCUGCGGCGCCAGUUCCUGCGAUCUCACCUCUGAAGUCUCCCACUAGGCCAACCGAGGGUCUUUCUACAUUCCCGCUGGACCUUAGUUCGGCACCGUCGACAGCAAAAAGAAUAAAACUGUCACCAACACCCAGUCGGAAUCGGGAAACAUCACCUGCCCCCAGCUCGACAAAUAGCCAGCCCUCGGAUUCUCCGUUGGGUUUGGUUGCUCCGCGAAAAUGUCACGCUCGUAUCGAAGAAAUCAGCUCCUGGACGGUGGAUCAUGUGUGCGACUUUGUCGGCAGUAUCGACAUCUGCGCGGAGUACGUACAGAACUUUCGUGACCAGAGCAUCGACGGUGCCGGGCUGCCGCUGCUGACCGAGGAACACCUGACCAAUUCGCUCGGUAUGAAGCUAGGUCCAGCCCUGAAGCUGAAAUCGAUGCUGGCGAAAAAGCUGGGCGGUCCGUGUCCGUGCGCGCUGUGUGUCGCGCCGACUCCGUCCAGAAGUAGCACCAAGGGCGACACGACGCCCACCAAUCGACCGCCUAGUAACGGUUCCGUCGGGCAGGAUUAGAACUCAUGGCAAGCGGCGGGCACCAGCAGAACCAGACCAGUGACUAUGAUUUCCAGCCUAGCGACGUUUACAUUUUUUUUUUGAGAGGGAAAGCACGCUGAGCUGCCUUUCCGCGAAACGUACUUACAGUAUAUUGGGACACUCACAUCGAAGGAUAAAUAAAUAAAUAAGAAAAAGCGACUUCCAAUCCGCCGGGACAUGUACAAUAUUACGUUUUAAUCGUUACACCCUAGAGACUAAGUCACACAUUGUUAUGCCCGAUCGUUAGGCGAUCACUUUGGUAGAGCUUAGAAAGUUAGAGUUGAUAGUUCACCUAGUACUGCAUGUUUUGUUAAAAACGUUCGUAUCUCCACCGACGAACAAAAGUCGGUAACGAAAGUGUUGUUAGUAUUCCGAUUACAUAGCAAACGAACGUAAUUAUUUAUUUUCCCUUUUAGCCGAUAGGAGCAAUGCAACUUAUCACACGAAAGACUUAAGUGAAAAAAGAGAAGAAAAAAAAAAUCAAGUAGAAAGUACCUAAUGUAACAUUCGGCAGAAUCGAAAUCGUUCGUAGUGUUUGUGUUUGGUUUUUACCGAUUCAAGUGAAUUCUUCAUUCUUGAACAGUUUUAUCUCGUCAAAUUUUGUCUAAAUUCAUAAACUAUAGAUACUAUUUUACUUUAAAUGUUAUCAACUAGAACUAAGAUCACAUUAUUAUCAGUAUUUAUCAUUGAAAAGUUGAUUUAAAAAACAGUUAUACUGUACUUAUGUUAGUAUCCCUAUUACGCAUGUGAAGUAAAAUAAAAGAAACGCAUGUUUUGAAAA